GCGCAGCUCGCGGGUUUCGCCAUCGGGUACGCCGCGCUCUCGGUGGUUGGCACGACGGUGCAGGCCGGCGUCGCCGCGCUGUACGUCUGCUACGCGGAGGACCCGACCCCGCUCGCCUCGAUCGCCCCGUCGCUGUACGCAACCUUCAUCGCCCAGCCGCACGUGCCGACCGGCGGCGAGGCGGAGCGGCCGCCCACCUCCCUCGGCGGCUCGGUGGGCGGCGGCUGGAACAGCGGCUUCUUCGGCUCCUUCCACUGCAUGGCCUCCUCCGCCGACACCGACUCGCUGUCGCGGCCGCUCACAGCCACGCAGGAGUUCUGA